CCCGGGCCCCUGCCGGCCGCUGCGGCGCUCCUGAGUCCCGGACACCCGCCCCCCCUCCCCUACCUCCCGGCGCGCGGGAGCACAACAGGUGUCGGCCCGGACGCCGGACGGACGACGGACGACGGACGCCCCUGCUGCGCCGCACUGGUCAGCCCGAGCCGAGUUAGUCUCGGCACAUGACCACGGCCGUGGCGGCCAGCAUGCAGGCGGCGCUCUAUGUCCGGCAGAAACAGAAGCUGCGCAAGAAGAAAAUACGGCGCGGUCGCGUCGAGCUACCCAGCAACGUCGCCACCAAAGAGAUAGCGCCCUUCCCGAGAUACCCACCCAAUUCAUGGUCGCAGCAGGGCAAGGCGGCAUGGCAGGAGCGCGGCGGGGAGAGGCGCCCCUCCGUCACCGAGGUGGCCGUCAACCACCGCAUCAAGGCCACCGAGGCGCACCGCCGCUGGAUGAAGCGGAACAGGAUCCACGACUCGUCGUACGGCGGCAGCAGCUCCGACGACGACGACGACUACCCCGGGGGCCCGUACGGCCACCAGAGCGCGGCGGCCAACGGCCUGCUGUACGUGGGCCUCGGCACCGUCGCCAUUGGCCUCGUCAUCUUCUUCGUCGGCACGGGCGAGAAGGGCUUCAAGACGCUCGAGCUGCGGCUGAUCGGGCCCUCGCUGAUAGCGGGCGGUGCGCUCUGCUGCCUGGUGCGCGUGUUCCUGUGCGUGUGCCCCUCGCGGUGCCUGCGGCGGCGGCGGCGGCGGCGGCGCAAGGGGCGGCCCGCCUGCCCGGGGCAGGACAUCCCGCUGGUGGACCGCUGCCCGCUGGGGGCGGCGCAGCGCGGGGACCUGGUGACCUCGACCACGGUGUUCCUGCAGCACGAGCGGCGGCCCGCGCCUGGCCUGCCCAACGUCGUGGUGGAGGAGGAUCAGGACCCGCAGCCGUGCACGAGUCGCCAGCGCCGUGGGCCGCCGGACCACGUGGAGGAGCAGGUGUCCCUGCUGGCCGGCGAAGACGAGCCGGAGGCCGCGGGCCGGCCCGGCGAGCUGGUGCUCAGCCCCUCCAAGCUGCAGCCCUAGCCCCCACUGCGUUGCCUCGCGCGCCAGUUCGCAGCCGGCCUCACGUGGCAGUUCGCGUGCAGGACACUCGCUUCAUGAGCACGAGAUGUAGCCACAGGGAAAAGAAAAAAAUUCUAAUCUUCUCUCAAGUAAAUCUACAGGUUGUUUUUUUUUUUUUGGUUUCUUAAGUAUACUUGAGUCCGCCCACUUGGUCUAGUGGCUGGCGUGUCCUGGCUGGUGGGGCGAAAAGGGCCAGGGGAAGUGAUCUCUCAACCUGACUCCCUGGGUUCAGGACUGGGCGUUUGCGACGUUCCUUCCGCCUUCAUCCCCCCACCACGGGAUCAAGCAUAGGGAGGUCACGGGCGUCAUCACCAUGGUGUGGCCUGUGUUCUCGACCCCCCCAGUCGUGGGUAAUGCGACUAUUCAUCAUCGUCAAGUCUUCUGAGACAUUGAUAAACAUUCUGUUAGAAGCUGUGCAAUAACGUAAAAAAUUUCCAGUUACUGUUCAAUGUUUGGACCCAGCUUGAUGUGGCCUGCAGACUUUUCAAAUUACUUGGUUUAUUUUCUGUAAAGAAAUUGAUUCUAGUCAGACAUUAGACUGCGAAAUGAAUAAUGGGGGAAAAAAAAAGUUACUAAUUUUUAAGAUGCAAUAAAAUAAAGUGUUAUUUUAAAAUAUGUUAAUUUUGACAGUGGUAGUUAAAUUAAUAGUUGUGCAAUAAUCUGUCAAACAAAAUAUUGCUUUUUCUCGCAAGUUUCAAAAAUUUUGAAUAUUCAUUGAAGAUACAAUGUAAAGCCUCCAUGCACUUUCCUAUACCAACUUACAAUACUGUGUUUAGAAUUGUUCAUACCAGAAAUCAUCCAUGAAAACACCUGUUUUAGCCUUUCCCGCUGUAUAUAAAAUACAUGUUUAAGACAAAACCAUGAAACGAAACUUGUGUGGACAAGUGCGAUGGCUAUUAAAUGCUUUCUGUAAUCAGGCACUUUCAAUAAGUCUCGAGCGGUGUAAAUGGCGCUUUAACACCCGGAGCUAUGUUCGCCAUGUGGCGAUGUAUCCCAGCGACCACCUCAAAGGAAGUGGUUUUUGUAGCCUCUAUGAAGCAUUAAAUACAUAUAUCCAGGGUGCCUAAAAAAAACCUGGUGAACCGUUUCCAGGGCUUUUUCCAAGACCUUUUCAGUAAUAUUUUUUCACAACUUUUUCAUUUUUAUAUCACAGGGUUAUUUUUUAUGUGUAGUACGCAAAUUUGAACAUAAUAUGAAUUAGAUCUACUGUUGGCAGAAACAUGACUAUUUACACGUUAAAAAACAAAAUGCAGGUUAGCAAAAGAUUACUGGAAAUUAAAGUUUUGUGACUUAUGCACCAGCGCUGUUUAUUAAGGGCUAUUUUUGUGAUUUUCGUAGGUUGGUAGUCCUUCAGUUUUUUUUUGUGACCUUCGUGACGUUUAGAUACCUUGGCAUUCACACAAUAACACUUAUGCUGGAUGAGCAGUGUGAAAUUCCGUUACAACGUACUUCAGAAUAACGUAUCUUUCAGUUCAACGUAUGAUUUUAAAUUCCUGCUCAAAACACCAAUGUAAGCAAUGUAAAAAUAUUUCACUUUAACGUUAAAAACGUAUCCUACCUUUCAAUACAACGACCAUUCUUUUCCAGUUAUCUGGAAAAUUUUACAUAAUAGUUACUGAUUUUGCGCAAGGAGUUCUUUAAUAUAAAUGUACAUUACGAUUAAUUUUUAUCACUUUCAAGAAUCGUUAACAAGUAUAAAACGUAAACAAACAUUGUAUCAACGAUUCAUAGAAUCAUAGUACAGUAUAACGCGCCAUUCGUCGUCCUCCAUGGAUCACACACUUAUACACACCUAUUUUAAAUAUAUACAAAAUAUAAAAUCCAAUAAUGUUAAUUUAUGCAGGCUAAUUUUUUGAACUGUUUGGUGUCACAACAUGGCCGACACGCAAUUGUUUUACCAUGAAGGUUGGAAUAUUGCCUGGCACAGCCAUGCUUUCGACGCGCGCUACUAGUGCGGAGCUAUGGUUAUCUAUGGAUGAGAGGUUUGUUUACGUUUGACGUCACGAGGAAAACAAUAUUGGGUAAAUAUGUAGUGUACGGAUUAGCGCAAAACAAAAUCGUACAAAUCUGAAAUAACUUUCAUUAUAUACUCUUUUACGUCCUCUUUUCAUAACCGCCUGCGGAGAUAAGAAAUUCAAAUUACUUUUGGAGAUAUCGAAUUUUUAAAUUUUAAUCACUAUACCUGCACAUUCACACAGCGUUCACUAUUGUUUUUUGUUUACGAGUAUCAAUUUUUUUUUAUAAUGUUGUCACGUGAUAGUUCGUGUGAUGUGUGUGUGUGUGUGUAUAUAUAUAGAGAGAGAGAUAAAUAAAAAGAAAACCAAUGCAUUGUUUCGCACAUUGUCGACAGAAGAAGACGUCAAAGAAUUGGUAAAGUUUGUUGGCAGGCCUGAAAAUGUACUGCUUUAUUGGGAACUUGUUUCAUGUUUCUGAAGAUUUUGCUUUACGAGCAGAGCACACACACACACACGCAUGCACACACGUGCACACACACACACACAGAUAUAUAUAUAUAAACAAACCUCUCAGUAUGUUGUUGCCAAGAUGGCCAUCAGGGUCAGUGGUGGGCUCAAAAUUUUAUUUUGUGUGUGGGAAAAAUUUUUUGUUACAAUUGACACCAUCACAUUGGCAUAGGCGACGUGGCUGCUCCCACAGUAACAUACUAUUAUCACUGAUAUUUUAACAUUCUUUUUUUCAUAAC